AUGGUCAACUCCACUGAUUCCAAACCCGUCGUCUUCAUCGGUGCUGCGGGUGAGAUGUGUCGAAUCGCUGUCGAACGGUUUGCCAAAGCCAGCAACGCCCAGCUUAUUCUUGCCGAUCUCAACACCGCCGUCAUCGAAUCCCUUGCCGCCAAGCUUCCUCCUGGUCAGGCAAAGACUCAGAAGCUCAAUCUAUUUGAUGACGCUGCCCUUGCCAAUCUAAUCAGCGGUGCUAGACUGGUUGUGCUGGGCGCAGGACCGUAUUCCAAAACCUCUCAUCCCGUCGUCAAGGCAUGCAUUAAGGCCCAAGUCCCGUACCUUGAUUUUGAUGACGAUGUUGAAAGCACUCAAGCAGCUCUUGCUCUCACUGAAGAAGCCAGAAAAGCGGGUGUGCCUGUCUAUAUCGGCUGCGGUGACUCGCCCGGUCUGAGCAACGUCAUGGCCAUCGACGCCGCCAGUGAACUCGACUCGGUGGAUAGCAUUGAUAUUUGCUGGCUUGUCGGUGAUGAGACUAGUGUCGGAAAAGCCGUGCUUUAUCAUUUGAUGCAUAUUGCUGCUGGCCCAUGCUUGACGUGGGUGGAUUCAAAGCCGACGGUGAAGGAGUCUUGGGUCGGAACCACUUACGCACCAAUGUAUACCGAUGAUGGAGAGAGACUUUUGCAUGAAACUGCUCACCCAGAGCCAGUGACACUCCCGCGCGCUUUCCCGAAUGCCACUCGCAUUCAGUGCUUCGGCUCGUUAGAUCCCAAGCCAGUCAAUGGUAUCGCUCGAGGACUUGGCUCUGCUGUUCGCGCAAAAGCAUUGUCAAUGGACGAAGCCGUCGAGUUUCUUUAUAAUAUGGCAACCAAUCCACCGCUGAAAGGCGGAUUGGGUACUUUGGGUGAAGCCUUUGGGGCUCUGAAAGAACAGCUCCGCGGAGGCGAUAUCACCCUCAAGGAGCUUUACUGCUUAAUCAGCCACGUUGUCGGCCCUCUACGAUAUGCUCUGUGGGGAAUGAUUGAGCAAAUUUGGAAUGGAGAAUGCACCGUUACUGAGGUUGUGACUUACAUCACGAACGUAGCAACUGGAACGAAAGUCGAGAACAGAGGCAACACACUUGUGAGGGCCAUUGGUAUGCGCGGUGGUGUUCCGACGGUGAUCACGAAGCGCAAUCCAAAAAACGGCAAAGACUCCUACUUGUGUCAAAGUAUGGGUACGAUCACUGGCACCUCAACUGCUGCCUUCAUGUUGAUGGCACUAGAGGACGGCCACAAGCGUAGUGGCGUUUUCUGCCCGGAGGACUGGGCUAAGCCUGAGGUAUUCUACAGUGCCUUGAAGCGCGUUGGAGUCCCUAAGGAUGAGAUUAUUGAGAGCAUCUAA